AUGAAUAGAAAAAAAGAAGGAAUAAUAAAGUAUAAAGGCGAAUUAGAUUUAAUUGGAUCUAAACAACCUUGUUAUGUCUUGGAGGAUGGUAGGCGGGUUUUAUCAGGCCGAGGGAUGCAGGAUGUUCUAAAAAUGGUGGAUGAAGUAGGAGAUAGCGGACAUAGACCGCCUGGGACCAGAUUUAAGCGAUAUUUAGAACAAAAAUCUCUCCAACCCUUUAUUUACAAAGGAAAAAAGGUGGACCACUUUGACCCUAUUAUCUGUUAUGACGGAGAACAAAAAAUCCAUGGCUACGAAGCAACUUUAUUAGUUGAUUUUUGCGAUGGUAUGUUAGAGGCAAGGAAAAGCAUAAAGCUAUCAUCAUUACGACAAGAAAUAAUUGCCGAACAAUGCGAAACAUUAGUGAGGGCAUUAGCCAAAGUAAGUAUUAUUGCUUUAAUUGACGAAGCCACUGAAAUGUUUUCAUUGGGCUAUUACAAAGAUGUAUUUGGAGUUUAUGAUGUAGAUUUUACUGCUGAAAACAUAAAGAGAAAACCAAGGUUUAUUGGCUUUCUAACUAAUGAGUUAAUUUAUAAGAACUUACCAAAAGGUUCAUUUGUAUUAAAGGAGAUAAAAGAAAGAACCCCAAAAACCAAAGGAGGUCAUUACAAAAAAAGGUUUCACCAAUCUUUAACUCCCUUAGGAAAAAAAGCCUUGGAGGAGAUAAUUAACACAGUAAGAACGCUGGCUUGGGUUUCUGGAAAAGACCGAAAUAAGUUUCGGAGAUUAGUAAAGGAAAGACUUCAACUUGAAAAAGAGUUACCUUAUAUUGACAUAGAAGCAAUGGAUGACAACAAAAAUGAAACCAAGGUUGAUAAAGUAUUAGGGGCUUUGCUAAAAACACCAAAACCAAAAAAGAAUAA